UAAAAUAAAAAUAAACACUUUAUCGUGAAUCGCUUUCAUUGAAACGCGAAAUACCCUGUCGAUACUUUAAAGAAUUGCAAAUGCGAGGAAAAAUGAUUAAUAAUCGAGAAGUGUUAAUAACUUCAGCGAAUUUCAACGGUUUUUUGCACUUUAGUUAGAGGAUGCCGUAAUCUUAUGGAUGAGACCUUGGAUGAACGCAUAGAUAAUUUGCGCAAAAGAAGCAGACUCUUACUAGCAAAAGCUAAUAAACAUUCCAAAAAGGUUAAGAAAGAAAUUAAAAAAUUACACUCACAAAAUUCGACGCAGAGAGAAAAUUAUGAAAACCAUGCGACACAUGAUGAAACCUUUCGUUACAGAGAAGCUAGUAAAUCAUGGAAAUUAAGAAAUGAUUCCAGCGGGGUUGAUGCACUUCUGCAUCCAGAUUAUAUUUACCAUAGCUCUAACCAUAUGCUUGCAAGAAUGCCUAAUAUAUCGAAAUCCAAAAGAGUAUUAAUUACGUCAAAAAAACAUUGUGAAGAACAAUGUUCGAAAACUAUACCAAGGAAACCUGUAAAGGAGUGUUAUUGCCAUCCUCACACUAAAAAGGUGCAACUGCGAUCCCCAAGAACCCAAUACAAACAGCAUUUGCCUUGCAAGUGCUGCAAAACUCACGUUGACAUUCGUUUGCCAUUCGCGAAGUACAAUGACGAGAAACCAGUCUUAACUUCACCGAUCAGUUGCGAAACUUUGCGUCGAGUACAAAAAAUAGACUAUGCCCCGAGAUCUCAGUUUCUUCGUAAUGUCCAAAGCAAAGUUUCCGUCCUACACACUGCAGCAACAGGAGAUUGUCCAGACACGUGUACUAGGUCGCCACGCUAUCAUGAAUUUAUGACCAGGAAAAACUUGCAGAGUACAGAUCGAACUGAUAAAAUGGAAUCGCAAACUACGACUCGCGUAACAAAAUCUAGAUCAUUGCCUGUAACAUCUACACAUUCAGGAACCAUAGAAGAAGAACAAAGUUUCGUAUCUGAUAACGUAGCCAAGUCCAGUAAAGGCGUUCAAGUGUCACUGAAAAAACAAUCGAGACCUAAACUCGUAACUAAGAGAACCAUUUCUUCUAAGAAAUCUGUACCUGAUUUGAAAAAGACUAAAUCAAAUUCAAAAACAUCGGUUAAGAGUAAAAGAGCGUCGCAACUGUUCAACAAAGAAUGUCCCUGUUGCCACAAAAAUAAGGUCGUCCCUUCAAAAGUUACUGUGGAAAAAGACAAUAUUGAUUCGGAAGAUUAUCAACACACCGUUUGUGUAAAUGAUAGACGAGAAGAAAGCGACGAAGAAUAUCUUUCGGACGACGAAGUGAAGGAGUUAAGAAAAUUCCGGGAGCAAAACUACUUCGAUACUCAUGGAUCGAGACAUACUCUGUUGUCAUCUAAAUCUUCUGGUUCUUUAGAACAGUAUCUGUUAAAUGAUAGACUUUUCCCAGAACCUGCUAAAAGAAUUCACAAGAAAGACUUGGUUGUGACGAUGCCAGCUUGCGCCACUCUACAGCGAAAACGUAUGCAUUACUUUCCUCGAUACAUCGUGCAUCAAGAAAAGAAUGUUCAAAACGCAAACAAAAAGAAACGGUGCCAAAGUUGUCCUUUAACUGGCCAUGCUAUAGAUCUUGGAAUUACAAAAAUGAGACCACCGUUGAACAGUUUAGCUCUCAAAUAUCAAAAGCGAAUACCUUAACAGAAGAGAUAACUUUCUUUCUUUUAAAUAACUAAUUUUUAAGAAAGGGUUAAAGUAAAAAUGCUUUCGAUCACGUUUGUGUGCCUUGAAAAGCACGUUCUUUCAUUGAAACGAUGGUUUUCCGCCUGACUCAGCUACAGGCUUCGCGUUGAAUAAAAUAUAAGGGAUGAAAUGUAGAUGAUUUAUGUGCGUGGUGGUUACGUGAUGCCAAUCGCAACCAAAAAUUUCGCGGACAAAGCCGUUUUUCAUAACCAAGAUGAAUCUCUAACCUCUAAUAAGUUCAAGCUUACAAUAUGUAAAUUUCCAUUGAGUAAAAGACGCGAAAAUGUAUUCGAUUAUUUUAUAGCAAUGAGACGUGUAAUCGUAAAAUUUGAUAUGUCGUAUAGUUACUAAAUAAGUAACACUGUAUUGUGAUAAGUAGAGAAACGAAAAUUGUAUUUAUUUAUUUAUUCAUUUAGAGAGAUUUUGUGCAUUAUUUGCAAUUGCGCCGUUAUAACUAUACACACCGGUAUUGAUGAUUGUAAAUUUUACUUGAAAUAAAUAAAUAUGUCCAUUGUGAUAUUGUACAUGUACAAAUUA